AUGCAAGCGGGCGCUAACAAUGACGCGUUCAAGACAAAUCGUACGACGCGUAGCUCCAUCGCAAAGGGUUUGUUUGUAGAUCCAGACAAGGCAUAUGCACCUCAAGGGGAGACGUUUUUCGACGAUGGUCGCGAAGUCGAGCUUCUUCACUUUGUUUACUCGCAUCCCAAUAUCAGCAAGAUUCGAGGCUCACCGAAACAUGUGCUGGCUGCCAUUGACGAGUUUGGGAGGACGAAGAAGUACCUCAUGAACGUUGGCGAGGAUAAAGGACGCAUUGUCACAGAUCUGAUCGCUGAAGUGAAGCCGAAGACUAUGGUUGAAUUGGGAGGCUACGUAGGGUAUUCCUGCAUUCUUUUCGGCGACGCAGUACGGAAAGCAGGUGGACAGCGAUAUUACAGUUUGGAGCGCAACCCCGAAUUCGCAGCUGUCAUCAUGUCCUUGGUCGACCUUGCAGGCCUCUCCGAUGUGGUUAAAGUCGUGGUCGGCUCUAGCGACGAAUCCAUUGCGCGGUUACAUUCCGCUGGAUUGCUCAAGCACAUCGACCUCAUGUUCUUGGACCAUUACAAGCCUGCCUACACCACCGAUCUCAAGCUUUGCGAAGAGCUCAAACUCGUUACACCGGGCUCCGUUCUCGCGGCAGACAAUGUGAUCAAGCCUGGCAACCCGCCUUAUCUUGAGUACGUGAGAAGUACAGUGGAUCAAAAGCGGGCAAAUUUCAAGGGGGGUAAAACAGGAGGGAGUGUAGAAGGGUUUGCGGAGAGAAAUGCCAAACAGUAUGCGAACAGGUACGCGGAGGAGAAGUUUAGCCAAAGCCCCGGAAACCCAGACUUGGUAUAUGAGAGUAAGCUGGUGAACAGCUACGAGCCUACGGGCGUGCCGGACGGCGUGGAGAUUACUAGGUGUGUGGGCGAGGAGAAGUAAGUCAAUCCUCGCAGGAAGACUUCAGCUACUCAAAAAUCAAUUUAUUCAACUCAUCUGGCAGAGGAUAGCUCACACUCCAUCAUGGUGCAUUCAUUCUUCUCCAUAAUCUUCAAUCUUGAGGCAAUCCCUUUUGUCGUUUUUGUUUGUCAACAUGCUGUCACUACCGAGCCCCCCAUUCCCCUCCACGGUAAACAACACGUCUACCCAGCACGAAAUCGAUCAUAAACCACCCCACUCAGUCUAGGCAUACAACACAAACGCGCAAUUAAAUCAAGACGCGCCAAAAAGAAAAGAGAGACCCACAGGACCAGAGUUCCACGCUUCGACCGCUCCACCAAUUCGAAUUGUGAUAAUGAUGACGUGUAGACUAAUGCAGAGAUGCCGGUUGCGGUUUUCGUGGUACUUUGACACAACACGUUGACAUUUGCCUUCGUUCCGUACACAUCGAAAAGGUGGGACCCU